CUUUAAGCUAGCAGAAAAAGCAUAAUGAGAUCCAAUGAUUAGAAGAUGAAGCUAAGCAAAUUCAGACUGGAAAUAAGGGUGUGUACAUUUUUAACUGUGAAGAUGCCUGGUACAGCGAGGCAUGACCGGGACAUGGCAAUCCAGGCCAAAAGAAACUUGGCCAAAACCACAGACCCAAUUGAGAGGCUUCGGCUGCAGUGUCUAGCAAGGGGGUCUGCAGGCAUCAAAGGACUUGGCAGGGUAUUUCAGAUUAUGGAUGAUGACAAAAGCAGAACCCUUGAUUUCAAAGAAUUCUUGAAAGGGUUAAAUGAUUAUGCCGUGAUGAUGGACAAGGAAGAAGCUCAAGAGCUUUUCAGGAUCUUUGAUAAAGAUGGCAACGGAACAAUAGACUUUGAUGAAUUUCUUGUAACGUUAAGACCUCCAAUGUCUAAUGCCAGAAAAGACAUCAUCAUGCAAGCGUUUCGGAAGUUUGACAAAACCGGUGAUGGUAUUGUAACCAUUGAAGACUUACGGGGGGUGUAUAAUGCAAAGCAUCAUCCCAAAUAUCAGAAUGGAGAAUGGACAGAAGAUCAAGUUUUUAGAGCCUUUCUAGAUAACUUUGAUUCACCGUAUGAGAAAGAUGGGAAGGUGACAAAAGAUGAGUUUUUGAACUAUUACGCUGGAGUUAGUGCAUCUGUGGAUAGUGAUGCCUACUUCAAUCUGAUGAUGAAGAAAUCCUGGAAACUAUGAUUUUUGCUGUUACUACUUUUUGCAACAGAGACUGUAAAGAAGUGCAAUGUUUUUCAGGAGUUCAUUGUGGGUUUGAUUUGUUUCCAGCUGAUUCCUUGGGCUAGAUUUUCAGAAACAUGCAAUGACAUUGCACCUGCAAAAUCAGUGGUUUCCCAAUUAAAUAACUCAACCCUUGCACAUGCUUUAAUAUUUUCAGUAGGGGGCUCAUAAUAGGCAAUUAACAAGCAGGGCUUAAUGACAGUCAAAAGAACAGCGUGAGCUGGAGAUGUGAUAAUCUAUUUAAGCUGGCAAUUGCAUUUUCAGUGUAAUCGCUUGUCUGUUGUAUGGCCAUUUAUUAGAUUUGUAAUGUAGAUAUUCCUGACAUAUAUAAAAUCACUAAUUUGUAAUGUUUUGUUCUAUUUACUGAUCAUCAUAAUAAGGGGUUUAUUUGACUCUGAAAUAAUUUUGAACAAUUAUUUUUAAAGUUUCCUUUGUAAAACAUUUUAACAAGUUUAAAAAGACAACCUCAAAAGCCUGCAACCGAAACAACAAAUGCAUAAAACAAAGAACAAAUUAACUAUCAAACCCCACCUGUUUAAUCCAGUAUAGAUCAUUUACAUUUAUGUUUUUACAAACAUGAGCCCCAAUCCCGCAACUACCUUAGCAUGUGAGCAGUACAGUGGGAUGAGUCACAUGUGUAAAGUUACCCAUAGUCAUAAGCAUAUGCAAGAUAGGGGCCAUAGUUAUGGUAAAUGUUCUUUAAGACUUCUUGUGCUUCCAUUGAAGUCAGUGGGAGUUUUUCUAUUGAACUACAAUGAAUACAAGAUUGAACUUCUUAUCCAGGUUUGUUCCUCUAAAAAUAUACAUACUUUUCCAUAUAACAGGUAAUGUAUUUAUGGAGAAAAGGCUCACAAUCAAGUUAUAUCUCUGUGUAAGCAAAUAGGAGAAGACUGCCAAAUUUGUCUAUAUGAUCCCAACAACCUCAUGUAUAUUUUUCCAUCAUGGGGUUGAUUCUGAGCUUUGAGAGCUAGUUAGGGAAUGCUAUAAUGGUAAAGCCCAGCACUGAUAUGGCUUCUGGAUGUACUGUAACAAGUGCCUAGAUUCUAGCAUGUGUUGUGCGAGUGAGGGAUAGAUGUCAUGAGGAACACUCGUUCCUUUUCUGUGCAGUCCAUUUUGCACCCAUCUCAGAUUCAAGCCCUAAAUCUGACACACCGUUCCAUCUUUAAAUGUCUGGGUAAUCACCCAGUGGUAGAGACUGCGGUCAGCACCACGUAUCUGUGAGGUGCAGAGCACCUGCAGCUCUCAUGGAAGUCAGUGUUGCUCAGAACCAUUCAGGAUUUGGCCCGUCAAAUGGAAUUUGCCUGAGGAAGGACUAAGUGAAAACUGAGUAAGGAGCUGUGCUGACCCCGUGAGAGAUGCAGAUUAACAGCACCUAGCAAAAUUGUUGGCUUGAAUCUGCAAGCUGAUGAACAAUCCUUGGAAGUGCUGAAUGUAUACAAUUCCCACUGACAUCAGUGAGAGGAGACUGGGCUCAGUGCUUCCUUCUCUUCACCUGCAGGACUGAGACUUGAAACUAUACUAAGCAGUGCCCUCAACUCACAAUAAUUUCAGUAGGAGAUGGGCGUACUCAGCACCUCAAUGGGAGCUGACUCCUGUUUGUAUCUCUAGGUGCUUUAAUACCUAUUUAAAUCUCACUCUCAGUCCCUUGCAAAAGGGGGCAAGAUUUUGCAUGACAUAGAAUUUACUUUGCUGAUCCAGACAUUUUCUGCAUCUCAUCCACUUAAAUGCUUCUUGGUCCUGUGCAGGAUUGGCUCCCAUGUAUAUAUCACGGAUGUUAGAAGGCCUUUUAUCCUCCUAAUGAGGCAUUGAGGCAAAGGUUUAUUUUGCUAUUGUUUCUGAUGAACAAGUACAAGAGGAAUAAGUUUGGUAAACAAACUAAUAAUGUCUGCUGGGAACAAAUUGCGUCUUGGGAAGCAAUUAACACUUCUGGCUCAGCGUCACUACAAACAGCUUUCACUCACUAUUGAUCUUUUUAUUUACAGAGGUCAGUGUUUGUUUCACUGAUAGGCAGAUGGCUAGCAGAAGUUGUUUACACAGUGCAAACUAGGCUGCAAAUAGAUGGGAACAUUGAUGCACAAGGGAGCGUUGACUGGUGUGUGGGAUGUUAGCAUAAAAAACCACCAGAGGAGCCUGAUAGAUGUAUGGCCCCAUACAUGUGGACCUAUGUCAGACGUAGAUGUGGCAUAAAUCUGCCACAUACCAGUCAAACAAUCUGACCAAACUCUGCUGACAGGAGAACCAACAGAACAUGUCUGCCCACAAGUAUGUAGCACAGGAGAAAAGAGUGUGGUUUGGGCAGGAUGUGCUGAAAAAAAGAUGUACAUAUAUUCUAUCUAAUCUGGCAUAUGCAGACCUAUUUAGUACCUGAGCCUGCACAGUGAUCUGUGAAAAGUGGCUGAGCAAACUCCUCCACCUUUCAGCUGAACUAAGGAAACUGCAUGAAUUAUUAUAACUGCUGUGUAACCCUGUUACCCAUUGGGGUUUGUGGGGACACACCCUCACGUCAUUCUGGUGGAAGGACGUUUUCCAUGAUGUCAUCCAGAAUUUGGCCAUGCAUCAAAAAUGCUGAUAGUGCCACUUUUUUUAAGUGGAUUUUUUUCCCAAAGGGGACCUGAAAAGUGUAUCUAAAAAUAAUUCCAUUAUAUUUUUUAAUAAUUCUGAUGAUACUUUGCAUGUCCAGGUCUACACUCCCCUAAAUGUGCAAGCACACACACAAAAUUUCAGAUGUGAAUUCAAGGUGAGCACCUUGGAAAAUCUCUAAUUUAGGAGCCAAAAUAAUGGUCGAUGGCCAGAUUUUUAAAGGAAGUCCAGUGAUAGCCAUCAGGUGCCAAGCACGUCAGAUAAUCUGGUCCCCUCACAUUAAUGCUCAGAUAGGGGCUGAGCUGUUUGGAAGAUCUGUGCAUGAAGGGCCUGAUCCAGCAUGCCUUGUAAUCAAUGGGAGCCUUUCCAUUGAUUUCACUGGGAAUUGGAUGGGAUGCUUAUAUCGGUGCCUAGAUUGGAGCUGUUGGGUGCUGGGCUCUUUUGAAAAUCUUACCAGUUCGUGCCUAACUUUGGGCAUCUGCUUUUUAAAAUGUUGAGUACUGCUCUAAUGGAACUAGUUCCUUAUCCAGAGCCUACAUUUCCUGUUUCAGCUGCAGCCCAUGAAAAUGUAGCCCCACAUGGCUAACACUGAUUGAUGCCAUGCAGUGAUACAUAUAAGUAGCAAAGAAAGGCACUACUGAUCUGUUCUACUGUAGGCUGUCAGUCGUAAAUUUGUGUUUAUUGGAUAGCCGAUUUCUCAGUUUACCGUUUAAAUGUAUUUUUUAAAGUUAAAAAUAUUAUAAUAGGUCACAUCAACUAAGUAUAGUCUGAGCCCAGCAUCCAGCGACAGAAUGUACAACUUUCUAAUUGCACAAAACUGAACACCCUUGCCCCGCCCAUUCUCUGAGGCCCCGCCCUGCUCACUCCAUUCCCUUCCCCCCACUCAUCACUCACUGUCCCCCACCCUCCCUCACUCACUCAUUUUCACUGGGCUGGGAAGGGUCCCUUUUCGACCAUGUGUUCCGGUUGAAAACCAGACACCGGGCAACCCUAACUGUUACAGCACUGCAUGCUUAUUGUUACUGUUGGUUCAUCUUGGUCCAGAUUGACCUCUGGAGCUGCCGGCCUGCAGAGUCUUUCUGGCCCUCCUGAGCUAGUGCAGCUGCAGAUGUGGCAAGCCAUUUCCAGGGAAGAGAAUGCUUUUGCAAGUACCACUUAGGCCAGCACCAUUACCAGCUCUACAGCAAUUUUCAUGUAGCACUGGAGGUAAUGAGGGGGGAUGACUCUUCCCUGAGUGAGUGUCUUUCAGUCAGGCUGGGAAGGAAAGGAAAGCAGGUUGUGUGUGUGGUGUCUGAGGUUCCUAUCAGGAUUGGGAACCCCUCCCACUGCCCUCACCUGUGAUUGGGGUGAGAGGGUUCCUAAGCAUAAACCCUAAAAUCAAAGUUUUUCCUAAAAGCAAAUCCCACAGAGACUGGGCUAAGAUUUGUCCCUUUUCCCUCAAAUGGAGUCAUACAAAGGUGUGCAGGGUGCAGGGGAUGAGGAGAUUAGAUUAUUACAGCUCUACAGUCUGUUGUUAAUUUCAUGUUUUUCUCUCAGAUUUACCCUGUUCAGGUUAGGAUCUUUUUGUGUAUAUAAUAGAAUGAUAUAUUAUAUUAAUUUAGGAUCUUUUGACUGGUUAUGUGUGUGUGUGUGUGUAUAUAUAUAUACACACACGCACUAAAUUAAAAAACUAGCUUAUUUCAAACAUAACAUUUAACCUCAUUUCAGAUUUCCUUUGUUUUUGAGGGAUUGGCUAAUGUGCUGUGAACCUUAUUUAUCUGUCUUGAAUUUUAAUAUUUUGACACAUAUAAAAUAAUUUCAUAGUAAAAAUACAUUAAUUUAAAUACUUUCAACAUUAAAUGCAAGUGAUUUAUUUCCCUGUAAUUUUGGGGGCCAUUUUUCACUUUUUCAGAGGCUUCCUCAGGCAGACAAAGCUGCUUCCUGCUGCCUUAUUUUCACAUUGCACUCAUCCAUCAAGGCAGCACCCUUUUUUGAGUAGCAGUUUAAAAGACUAGGGUAGUGCUUCUUAAACGUUUUUUAUUGCACUAAACUUCUACAAAACUCUGUGGAACCUCUCAGUCAAAAAUGAUCAAUGCUGCUUUUUCAUGCUAGAUUUUGCUAUGAUUAAAAAUGGUAUGUUAUCAAAAGAACAUAGCUUUAAAUUAAGAAAAAAAAGGCGGGGGGAGGGAGGAGAGUUGGGGUAAGGGAGGGCCUUGAGGCUGUUUCUUCAGAUAACAAGGGUAGAUAGGGUCAGUCUUUAUCUUACUCCUUUGUACAGUUAGAAAAAUAUAGAAUCAUAGAAUCAUAGAAUAUCAGGGUUGGAAGGGACCCCUGAAGGUCAUCUAGUCCAACCCCCUGCUCGAAGCAGGACCAAUUCCCAGUUAAAUCAUCCCAGCCAGGGCUUUGUCAAGC